AUGAUUUUAGGUGUAAUAUCAGCGCUGUAUCAAUUUGCCGGUGGAAUAUUUUUAUUUAAAUAUGGAGACUUUUUCUUUUUCCAUUAUCCCGAAGCACAAAUUUAUGGCGGAUUUGCCAUGGCACAAGCAUCCAUUGCAAUUAUAGCAAAAUCAUAUUUAAAUGGUAGAGUAAUAUUUAAAAUAUAUCCAAUAAUACUAUUUUUAGGAUCAAUCAGAGCCGGAGUAAUGGCAUGGAGUUUGCAAAAAUAUAAAUAUCGUAUUGUAUGGACUUGUAAUAAUGGUGGGGUUCAAUGGACGGAUCCUGACUCGCCUGAUUAUACACCACCAUUACUUGAUUCUAACAGAUUGCCUCUCGGAUUUUGUAAAAGUGGUGUUGAUAAUUUUGUUGCAAUUUUCACUCUUUUCUUUGCUAUUUCUACUUCUUGA